AUGCCGGACUACCUCGCCGAGGGGUUCGACCCGAACUCGCUCAAGAUGGCGCAGCUCCGCUCCCUCCUCUUUCAGCACGACGUUCACCCGUCCAGCACGGCGAGAAAGGCCGACCUCGUCGCCGAAUUCAACCGCCACAUUGCGCCCCUGGCUCCCGAGCUGCGGUCGCGCAACAACACCGUAGUCGCAAGCUCCAGCGGCAUCAUCGAUCUGCGAGCUCAGCGCACCGACGACUCGAGCGCCGAUGACUCGCCAGCCAAAGCACCUCGCAGGGGCCUUCCUUCUCUGGCCGCACGGACGAGCACCGCAGCUUCCAGGAACGAGCCCGAGACCAGCGCGGCUCAGCCAGCGCAGGUAGCUGAGGCGCCAGUCAAGAGGCCACGAGGCAGGCCGAGGAAGUCGGCGCCGGCUACCGUUGCAGCGAGCCGCCAAUCGCCAACGAAAGAAGUCUCGUUCGACGUCCAGGAGCAAAGUGGCAGCAAGAGGUCGGAAGACAGGUCAGGCAGGGACGAGUCGGGCUUUUCGGACUACAAUCCAUUCCAGAGCGGCAGCGAAGCCUCGCCCGAGGUCGGACCGGCCGCCAAGGCCGCCGCCGCUGCGCGUCGGGCGCGACGCAAGACAAUGGGCGAGCCGUCCUCGAGGCUGGCCAUGCGCUCCGACGAUGACGAAGACGACGAGGAUAAGGACAAGGACGAGGACAGGGACCGCGCACCGAUCCGCAAGGCAUCGUCCAAGAAGGCAGCAGUGCCAAGGAGCUCGACCGUACCGGCGCUCAAGAACUACAUGGACCCCAGUGUCAUUGCGGCCACGCCGCCGCGCAUCAUCGGCGACGCGCUCAAGAGGGGUAGAGAGCUCUUCUCGCCUUCGCGAUCGCUCGGUCCGGAAGACGAGAAUCAGGAUGCAGCUUUCGCCGUCGGCAACGGAAAGGUCAAGCACGAAGACGAGUCAAAAUGGGGCUCAGAGAGCAGCCGUCGCACCUCUAAGCGCUACGCGUAUGAGGACUUGACGACGUCGCAGAAGAGCUCGCAGCUGCUGUGGGUGAUUCUCGUGGGCGUCGUCGCAUUCUGGGCCUUGUGGUACACCCGAGAGAGCAGGACGAUUGGCUACUGCGACACGGGCUCGACGACCAACUCGUUGCUGAUCCAGCGCGAGCUGGAGGCCCAGGCUGCAGCCGCUGCAUCCCGCGCGGCCCUCGCAGAGGGGCAGCAGCACGACGACGACGACGACGAAUCGGCCUUGGCUGGCCAGAUCGUGCCCGACUUCCUCCGCCCAACCUGCACGCCGUGCCCCGACAACGCCGUUUGCAAGGACACCAGGCUGCUCGGCUGCAUUUCGCCGGACUACGUCGUCGAGCACGCGUGGCUCGACAAUGUGCCACUGAGCGGCCUCCUCUUGCCGCUCGGCUGGGUGCGACCCUCUUGCGUGCCCGACACCGCCAAGCUGGUCCUGGCCGCGGAUCUCGCAUCGUCCAUCAACAUUCGGCUGGCCAAGUGGAAGGGCGAGGUCGUGUGUGGCAAGCAGGGGCCCCACGCCAGCGUCGCAGCACUCGUCAAGAAGGGCUCGCGCCCCGAGCUGCGCUACGCGCUGCCGGAGCCGCUGGUGCGUCAGGUGAUGUUCGAUUCCCGCGACCGCGGCAGGGUCUCGGAGGAGCUGUUCGAGCAGCUGUGGGACCUGGCCAUGGAGGAUGUGGUCGACUCGGACGGAAACGUCAUCCGCAUCGCCAGCAACUCGAGCGAUCCAGCUUUGGCGAUGGCGGAGCCGCUUCUUGCAGCGCGUGCUCCGAUCCUCUCGAUUGGAUGCCGUUCGCGCCUUGCGGUGCGCGCCUUGAUUGAGCGGACGUGGAUCUACGCUGCCCUGUUGGCCUCUGCCUUGAUCGCCGGCUCUGUCCUGAGCCGCCGACGAAAGGCGAUGCGCGACGAGAAGCGCAAGGUGACCGAGCUGGUGCAGGUGGCGUUGGAACGGCUGCAGGAGCAGGACCACCUGCACUCGGUCGAUCCCGUCAGCCACCCAGAGUCGGCCAUGCCGACGUCGCACCUGCGCGAUCACGUCCUGCGCUCCGAGCACUCGAGGAGCGCGCGCCAGCGGCUCUGGAAGAAAGUGGCCAACAUCGUCGAGGAAAACUCAAACGUGCGCACCAACGAGGUCAAGUGGCGCGGCGAGUACCAGCGAGUGUGGGAGUGGGUCGGCGUCGCUGGUGUUGGUGUCGGUGCCGGCACGAGCCAGGCGGGCACUCCGGCGCAGAAGCGCCUCUACCCAUCGCAAGACAAGCGAUCCAGGAGGUCGUUGGCGGUGGCGGCGUCGAUGGACGACGGGGACGUCGACGACGAGUUGAAGCAGCUUGCCUACGAAGUGGACGACAGCCCGCUCAAGGCGAGGUGA